AUGGCUACUGCCGUCGCGCUUCCUGAACAUCGUCUCCUCGAGUCUCCGAACUCUCGUGCUAUCGAAAUCGGCUGUUGGACCAUCACGUCCUGUACAAAUCCCAUCUCGAACGCUGGCCAAUGUGACGCACUACAAGCCGCGAUCGGGGGCAUCCCGCUCCCUGAAAUGACUUUUGGAAGCAACUCGCUGGAGCUGGAACACCGCGAGAGUGGAUGGAAGUACUCGUUCAGUACAGAAGAAGCACUGAGAAGCGUGCGGAAUGGUGAGCUGCAGGAAGGAGAUGGAGCCGUAAAGGUGGGGUACGCUGAUGCAUGGCUAAGGAGUCGAACGGGUGCUUUGAGCCAGAUUCCGAUGCCCAAGACUGUUCCCACCAAGGUGUUCGAUUGGACAUACACAUCUCUAUAUCCUGGUCACGCACGUCUGUCAUCCAGCAAGACGAUUGUGUGGAACCCUGCGGAGCGUAAUAAUCCCAAGCAUACCAUACCCAUGGCCGAAUUGACUCGCCAUGACCCCAUCCUCUUCUAUGCCGAGAUCCCGUUGUAUGAAGACGAGCUGCACGACAACGGCGCGGCACAUCUCAUUGUCCGAAUCCGUGUUAUGCCUACGUGCAUAUUCAUACUCCAGCGAUUCACUCUCCGGGUGGAUGGCGUCCUGUUUCGAGCAUACGAUACCCGCAUAUAUCAUUCCUUUUCGUCGUCACCACCAUUGGUUGUACGCGAGACGAGUGGAUGGGAAGCCCCUUACGAACGCGUGAAAGUGCGGCUGCCGACACGAGACGAUCUGACACCAUUGACCGAUCCUAUGUGGAUCUCGAAAAUCUUGUCUGAGAUACCGAACGAAAUCUCACAGGAGAUCGGUGCGGGAACGAAAUGGAAGGGUCUUAGAACUAGCACGGAGGUUGCGACACUGCUCUGA